AUGGAUUGCCCUACCCCCCCUUGGCAAACCACAGCUCAACAGCUCCUUGAAGCCCCAAACACGGAUAUGCCUGAAGAGGUGCGCCUCUCCCUUCAAAAAGCAUUGCAAGCAGAACAAGCCAAACAGCAAGAAACCAAAGAACCCACAAAGGCUGAAGCCACAGAACGCUUCCAGAAGGCAACCUCCCAGCUCAAGAAGGCAGGGCAGGCAAAGGCUCAAGCAGAGCAGCGCCUGGCCAAGGCCAAAGAACAGGUGGCACAGCUUGAGAACAAGCUGCAGGAUGCCACUGAAGGGCGCACAGCUGCAGAGACAGAAGUGGAAGAAAGUUCAAAGGUCUACUGGAAGUAUGCCUUGGGACUUCCAAAGGAUGCAGAGGAUUUGGCUGAAGGCCAUGCCAUACAGGGUGAUGAGAACCUCAUCCACCUCAUCUUGGCAGAUAUGGGGUCAAAGCUGCGACCUGAGCAGCAACAGCGGCUCCUCGACAUGGCAGGAGGGUUGCGUGACCAGAAGCGUAGGAAAACUGAUGAGGCCAUGCCCCUGGCGCCAGACGGUGCCAAGGUUGAAGCCAACCAGGAGCAGAUGAAGGCAUGGGGCCUGGAAGGCAAUUUCGUCCCGGCGGAAGCCACUGGGAGAGGAGGCAAUACAGGUGGUCAGUUUGUUGCUGCUGCUCGCCCCUUGGGGGGGGGCAUCAAACAACUGGCUGAUGGACUGCCAUGGAUGGUAGUUGGCGAUUGGAAUUCUGAUCCUGCCGUUGUUGGGGAAUCAGCUUUUCUGCGGUCGCUGUCAGGCAUUGUUGUGGAUACCGGCGAGGCAACUUUUGCCACCACCGCCAGCAAUUUAGAUUUUGUGGUUGCCCAUAGGUCUUUGGCUGGUUUAAUGACUGUGCAAGCAGUGUGGGAUGUCCCGUGGAGGCCUCAUGCGGCUUUGGUUGUCACGAUUUCUUGGAGUUGUUUGCAUUUGGAGAUGCCCAAACUUCGGGUCUAUAAGGACAUACCCAUGCUUGCCGGCCCACGUUUGCCCUGGAGUGCUUUUGGACCUAGGGAUGUGCAGUUACGAAAUGAGCUGGCCUGUCCGAGACAGCCGCUUUCUGAUCCGACCUUGUCCCAAAUUUUUGGCAAUUGGAUGGCGCAAGCUGAAGGUUGGUUGAAGUCUGUUGAAACAGACAUUGAUAACUCUGACCUUGGAAGGGGAGUACAUGUGGCCAUUGAAAUGAAGCCUUUGGCAAUGCCUUUUGUUUUUGACGUUGGUUUGCAAAAACAUUGGUCCUUGAAGCAAUUAAUCCGCGUUAAAGCUGAGGAAUGGCAAGGUAUUGUGCAUAACAUGGUUCAAGGUAGUGGAAAAGCUGCGUUUGCUUUUAUCAGGGCUGAUGAAGCCGUUGAAGCCCGGCCUUUCCAGGAUUUGCCUGUUUCUGAGCGUCCUCAUGCUCGCAGAAAUUAUUGGAAGGCUAGAUGGGGCGAGGCUGAGGCAGAUUGUGCUUGGCCUAGCUUAGGAAUUCUUCAGGAUUUGGCGGCUAAGCAGGCUGGUGAUUUGAAACCUAUCUCCACGGCUCAAAUUGUUGAAACUCUCAAGUACACCCCGAACAAAAAAGGGGGCCCGGAUGGUUGUACUUUCCGGAUGUUAAAAAUGUUGCCUACUGAAGCUUUGAGUGGUUUGGUGUAUAUUUUGCACCAAGUCGAGGCGCGUCUUCGUUGGCCGGAGCAGUUCUUGCUUGUGCAUGUUGCUUGUUUGCCCAAAAACUUGGAUUGUGAGCGACCGAUUUGUUUGACCCAUGUGUUGUACCGCUUGUGGUGUAAAAUGAGAAAGCCUUUGGUGGAUCAAUGGCUUAUGGCUGAUAAGGAAUUGGCCUUUUGGGAUCAGGCCGUCAAAGGUUCUACAUGCCUGCAAGUGGCUUUGCUUCGGCUUUGUAAAGCUGAAGUGUCCAAAAAACUUGGCCUGAAACAAAUCAGUUUGCUCUUUUAUCUCACUUGCUUUUAUGAUUUAGUGGAUCAUGAGUUGUUGGCGCAGGAUGCCUUGUCCUUGGGUUUCCCUCCUCUGGUAUUGUUCCGGUGCCUGCAGGUGCACAAAGGCCCGCGCAUUUUGCACGCUCUGGAUCAAACCAGUGCGCCCAUCCACCCAGAAAGGGGAUUAUUGCAGGGUGUCCCUUUGGUGUGGUCUUUGCUAAAGUUGUGCUCUGGACGCUGA